AUGAAGCUCACUGCUCUCUCCAUCGUCUGCUUUCUUCACGCGGUAGCUGCCAAAUCCGCGCCUCCUUGCGGUCUGCCCUGCUCCGAGCCUAGAGAGUACUGCGACAGCUCCAUCGGCGAGUGUCGAGCCGCUGCCGCCGACAGCACCGAGUGCUAUAACGCCACGACGUCGCUGUUCCAGGACGGCUGCGACCCGGGCUUCAAGUGCCUCAACAGCCUCUGCCGGUCUGCCUUCGAGUCGGAGGCCGCGGAUGGCCGGACCUGCUCCAUCAUCUGCGCGGCCGGCAAGUUCUGCGAGAACGGCACCACGGAGUGCCGCGGCCCCGCAGACGACAGCCAGUGCUUCAACAUGUCCACGGGAUUCUUCCAGGACGGGUGCGCCGACGGGUUCUACUGCUCGUUCAACAAGUGCGUGGACGUGAGCGUGUAG